GCUAUAUAAUGUGGAUGAUAAGGCAUUUCUCUUAAGAAGAAACCUACUUGAUAAGGACCAGAGGUCUCCAAGUCUCAGUUGAUACGAUUAACAGCAAAUGGGUGGAGAGCAGUGCUAGAUAAAUUCUUUGUUACUCUGAGAAUUCUUCUUCAAAGGAAAUAGUUUGGUUUAAAUUAUUGUUAGGUCCUGCUUUCUGCUGGAAUGUGAUGGCCAACAGCUGAAAAACAGUUUCCAAAUGUCUUGUCAGCUGUUGCUAACUGUAGAUCAUUGAAAUUCUCUUCUUUAGAAGAGUUUAUACUGGAUGUCAUGAACAUGAAUGAUUUUGUGAUACUCCCAGGCUCAAAAACUGGAACCUCGGUGAGAUUAAAAGCAAAAACUGUCAGAGAAUUGCAGUUGGAGAAAGUGCAGUUGGAAAGAGAAAACAGAGAGAUGGAGGAGAAAUUACAGCAACUACAGGCAAUCAUGAGCAGAGAAAAAGAAGAGAGAAAGAAAUCAAGUGCUUAUCGUUGGAAAUCUGGACAGGCAGGACCAAUGACCAUCCAAGCCCGAGUUUUUUCACAAAGCAAAGAAAAUAAUAAGGUAAGAGAAGCUGAUAUACGUGUUGGAAAACUGGAAGUCGUUGAUCGCUUCGUCAAGGAGGAACCAUCCUCAGAAUCAACCUGUACAGGCCCUGAAAACCAGGACAAAGGAUUAUUACUAAAUGAUGUAUUUAAUGAGGAGGAAUCUGCAAAGUCUUUUCAGGAAGCUUUGCUUCAGUGGAGAAAAGAUAAUUGUGAUCACAGAGAACAACUGCAUGCCAGUGAGGUCCUAACAGAAUCAGUGGGAAUUUCUGAGGUACAGACCAAUCUCACUGUUAUGAAGGAACCUAUCCACGUUGAAUUCAAGAAGGAUGGCCUGAGCUACAUGGAGAAACUCUUGCUUAAGAAAUACAGAAGAACUCCUGUUGAUCAAAUUUCUGGUAGUUGCAUUAAAGAUUUAAGGCCUGUGCAAACACCGAGUGUACAUCAGGCUGUGCUUGGACAAGGAGGAGAAGAUGAUGAUGAUGAUGUCAAUGACUUAACAGUUGAAGAGGUGAAGAGAUAUUGGACAUCUGUUUUUAGAGAGGAAGUACCUGACACUAUUUCUGAAAGUUUGGAGUCCACUUUGAAAAUUGAGUUCCUUGAUGAUUCUUAUGGCAAGGACUUGGAAGAGUCAUCUAACUUCUUGGUGAUGGAAGCUGGGCCUAUGGGAAUGAAUAAGCAAGGAAAGACUGAACCACUCAAGCAGUGUGGAAGUGGUUCAGCAGUUGUAGAACAGAGCAACACAGUACCAGACUUUUGGCCAAGAGAAACUGAAGAUGUAAUGAGAAAGUCAUCCUCUCCUUUAACUUCUGCAGCUGACACGCAAUAUUUUUCACCUUUACCUCUUAAUGGAAGUCCUGUUUCUUCGCAAGAAAUUUCUCAAGAAAAAAUGGCUGUCUGCAGUCUUGGAAGAAAUUCAGUGCAAAAGGAGAGUGUUAACGUAAAGGCAUUGAGAAGAUCACUUAGCUCCUGUCAACUACCCGAGAAGAUCUGUAACCCUACUGAACUAAGGAGCAGCAGAUAUCUCCUCGAGACACAGCUGCAGAAAACCAACGAAGAUUCACAAGAACUGGACAGGGUCUGCAGUAGUCAGAGUCUGGUUUUGCCUGUCAUUGCAAAGUCUUCAGUGUUACAGGAUUUAGCCAAAAGACAGAAGUCUGCUUCUACACGGUAUUGGGGACUUGAAGGUUUCUUUGUUGUAGGUGCAAACCCUAAACAAGUGAUGCUUGAAGCAUGUUCUUCACUGUGUGCUGGCUCUGACCCUGCGGACAGGAGUAUCUCAUUUCCAGGAGCUGGGAAGUGGGUUACUGAAAGGAGCUUAAGUGAAUACGCUGAUGACUCUCUAGUUCAAGGUGUCUUAGAAAGUCAAUUGAACAGACCUUCAGGUGGUUUGGAGACUCAAAAUAGAAUUUCUCCCCUGAUGGUAGCGUGGCAGUCGCACUCAGGGAAUGAUUUUAUAAGACCUUGGUCAACAAGUAUGCUGCACUGUAAACUGACUGGAAAUUGUCCAACAAACACCCAGCCAAGACCAAAGAGUUCACCUGUGUGUACGUUUAGAGUUGAUACUGAGAUAGCAAAGCCCAAGUACCUUUCUGUAACUAAACAAGAUGAGUAUUGCUGGGAAUAUGAGGCUGAGCAAGAAGCCCUACUUACUUUGGAAAAAGAAUUACAAAGUUAUACAGGUCUUGAAAAACAUUAUAGCUUAACUUCUGUAGAUGUAACCUCCUCCAGCAGACACUCAAGGAAGAUAAAUAUAAAUACUACAGAUCUACAUAAGAACCUGGAGUUAAAAGACCACAGCAGAGUUGAUACUCCCAGGGGCUGGGAUGAAAGCCAAAUGGAUGAUGUGGAAGAAAUUCUGGAGGAUAAGCAACAGGUUCUUGCAUUACAGUGAACAUGCAAAGAACUUAGCGCAAUUUCUAUCUUUGUGUAUCCUUCAAAACCAAGAAGUAGAUGCAGAGGUGUUUUGAGUGCUGCUCAAGAUAUGAUUUGUUAAGGAUUGUUUUGUAAAACUGUCAAUAAAAAGUCUU